GCCCCCAUCCCCGGUGGUGUCCCGUCCAUGGACCACCUCCCAGCAUGAACGCCGACACCGAGCAGCUGCCGGCAGGGGCCCAGGCGGCUGGCGUGCCCCUCUGGACCGUAUCCAGCUGGGCUGCCUCCGAGGUGCCCCCCAACACCAGCACGGCCACGGGAGAAGCUGGCCGGCAGCAGGGGCAGGCGGAGUGGGGCGGCAAGGCGGGCGAGAUAGCAGGCAUGGUGGUGAUCCAGUGCAUCUACGCCCUGGUGUGCCUGCUGGGGCUGCUGGGCAACUCCCUGGUGAUCUUUGUCAUCCUGCGCUAUGCCAAGAUGAAGACAGCCACCAACAUCUACCUGCUCAACCUGGCCAUUGCCGAUGAACUUUUCAUGCUCAGCAUCCCCUUCGUGGCCACAUCAGCCGCCCUGCACCACUGGCCCUUCGGCCGGGCCCUGUGCCGCACCGUUCUGGGAGUUGAUGGGCUCAACAUGUUCACCAGCGUCUUCUGCUUGACCGUCCUCAGCCUGGACCGCUACAUCGCGGUGGUGCACCCACUGCGGGCAGCCACCUACCGCCGUCCUCGGGUGGCCAAGAUGGUCAAUGGCGGCGUGUGGCUCCUCUCCUUGCUGGUGGCUUCACCCAUCCCAAUCUUCGCCGGUACAGCAACCACCCGCGACGGCCAGGCUGUGGCCUGCAACCUCCUGUGGCCAAGCCCAGCCUGGUCGGCAGCUUUUGUGGUCUACACCACCUUGCUGGGCUUCUUGCUGCCAGUGUUGGCCAUGGGGCUGUGCUACCUGCUGAUUGUGGGCAAGAUGCGGGCAGUGGCGCAGCGGGUGGGCUGGCAGCAGCGCCGGCGCUCUGAGGGCAAGCUGACGCGCCUGGUGCUGAUGGUGGUUGCCAUGUUUGUGGUCUGCUGGAUGCCCUUCUACGUGGUGCAGCUGGUCAACCUUCUGCUGCCCGGCCACCUGGAUGCCACCGUCAACAAUGCCUCCCUCAUCCUCAGCUACUCCAACAGCUGCGCCAACCCCAUCCUCUAUGGUUUCCUCUCUGAAAACUUCCGGCACUCCUUCCACGGCGUGCUGCGCCGCUGCCUCGACGCCAGCCUCUGCUGCUGCCACACUGGGGAGGGGGCUGCUGAGGAGGAAGAGGAGGAGGAAGAACCCCUUGACUACUGUGCCGCUCCCCGGGGGGACGACAAGGGCAAGGGCUGCGUCUGCCCACCCCUGCCCUGCCAGCAGGAGCCCGUGCACCCUGAGCCCUGCUGCAAGCCCGGACCCCUCCUCACAAAGACCACUGCCUUCUAGCGUGCCCUCACACCUCACCAGUCCCCGUGGGCAUCUCCACCCGGCAUGGGCAAAGGGGACCCUGGAGGAAGAGGGGACACGCCACCAAUGCCCCGCACCGCCAGUCCCCACUCGCGCUGUUGCAGCUCAACAAAAUAAAAAGCCAUAAGACUGGCCUGUGACACAGUUAAUUACGUUGGCUGAGUAACUAUUGCCAUUACCUUCGGCACGCAGGAGCCUCCGCUGGGAUCAGGGAUGGUGAGGAUUUCAAAAUGUGUUGGUGAAGGGCAACUAGCCACGGGGCACGUGCCCCUCUGGGAUAAUAAAACACAAGCUGCCCGUUCCAUCCCUGAGACAUGCUCUGAAAGAAGGGGAACAGCCUGAAAGCCCAUCAGCCCCGCUACAUCUAUGGCAGAGCAAGGGGGUAGCACCAGACCAGACCUCGAUGCCAGCUCUGAAGGUUGAGGAGAGCACAGGAUCAACCUGACCCCUUUGGGUUCCUCUUCUGUAACAAAAAAAAAAGGGAGGUUCUGAGCAACUGAGAUGAGAGCUUGAGACUCCGCAACCUGAGCCUUGGCAGGCUCCAGGGCGUCCCAAGCCUCCCUCCAGCUACUGGGGAAAGGAAAAAACUUUGGUCCCAGCGAUAAACCUCCCCCACAAAUUCCCAGGCAAAGGGAUUUUAGGACACACAGGACCAAACCUGCAUUUUCCACAAGAAAACCCAGGAGAACAGAGUCCCGCGCUCUUUGCCGCAGGUAAACAUCACCUCUAGUGGUACUUGAAACACAUACCCAUAGAAACUUCAGCUGAGGAACAGCCCCGGGGCUCUACCGGCUUGGUCAUGCUGAGGUAGCAUUAAAUUAGCCAUUUCCAGCUUAUUUGGUUUUAACUUGGUCCUUUUAAUGUUAUUCUUGUUAUCCUCCAUUAUUUAUGGCUCAUUCCUUCUAUUUUAAUCACACAGGCAAAAUAACGGGCAGGGCGUGUUUUCAGCCUGAUGCUCCACUAAGAGCCCACAACUCCUUUUUCCCUUUUUUUUUUUUUUUUUCAUUUUCUUUU